AUGGAAGCUGCAUCGUCUGUACCCUCCCGCCUGGAGGAUUACGUAGGGUUCUACGGUGACCCCUUUGUGAUUCCGUAUGGCUAUGAGGACGAGACCAAACUCUUAGAGGCCAACAAGGAACACAAAGGGAAAUCUCCCACUGACGAACGCAAGCCUGAAAUGGCGACAGCCGAGGCGGGGGGUGAUAUUGAAUGGCCAAGGUAUAGCCCGCCAGCCGCUCUCAAAACGGCGCCCAAUAUCAAGGACGCUGUGCUCCUUCAGGUCUUGCAGACCUCUAUCGACAACAUACAAGCAAAAGCCGUAGAAGAGCAAGCACGGCAGCUGGAAGAAGAAGCAAGGCAGCGAGAAGCAGAAGCAGACAUAGCUUCAGGGGCCAGUAGCAAAGGAGCCGAACCCGAGUGCGUAUCAUGCCUCGACGAUUUUGAUAAGAAGAUUAUGGUCAAAGUCACCUGUCACAGCUACUGCCACGACUGUUUCGAGAGACUCAUUGCGACAGCGGUCCAGAAUGAGCAGCAAUGGCCCCCGAAGUGCUGUCUCAACGAGAUCCCUUUCCGUACUAUCCUGCGUUACGUCACCAAGGACCUAGGUAAGACCUACAAAGACCGUGCCGCCGAGUGGAAGCUCCCCGUCAGCGAGCGUAUUUACUGCAACCAGCCAGAUUGCAGUCUCUGGAUCAGACCUGAUCACGUGAAUCAGGGCCUCCGCAUAGCGCGCUGCGCGAACGCACACUGGACUUGUACCAUCUGCCACGGCCCGCAGCACGAUAACUCCGAUUGCCCGCAAGACCGCGAUUUGGCACUGACCAAUGCCCUUGCCGAAGAUGAGGGCUGGCAGCACUGCUCAAAGUGCCAGGCACUGGUCGAGCACCUGGAGGCGUGUCAGCAUAUGACUUGUCGGUGCGGAUAUCAAUUCUGCUACGUCUGCAACCAGGUAUGGAGAACAUGCACCUGUACGAUGGACCAGCUGAAUGCUGUCAAGGCUGGGGCUGCAACAAGGCGGGAGGAGAGACUUCAAAGGGAAGAAGAGGCCGAGUCCGAGCUUCGAGACGCUCUACGGCAGAUUGAGGAAUUUGAGCGUGAAGAAGCGCUGAAGGCUGAGCUGUUGAGGCAGGAGACGGAGAGACGGGAAGAGGAGCGCCGGCAGCGCAAGAUAGAAGAGCGUGUCCGCUUCGAAAGCCUCCGACGUCACGGAAUCGAGGUCAAGUACCAGGACCUCCGGGCAAUGCUUGAUCAGAUUCAUGACCUGCAAGAAGUCCUUGUACGAUACCAACACGACAAAGAAAAGGAGCUUGCGUCUCAUGGAGCAUUUACCUCCACAGCCGAACUCGAGGCAAAGCAACAAGCAGAGCAUCUUGAGCUCGCCGAAACGGCCUCGCGGAAACUGGCCGCCAAGGAAAAGGCCCUCGCGACCGAGUACGGCCUCCGCGUAUUAGAGGAGAAGAAGACAGAAGACGCCUACCUGGAACUCCUAGAAGACUUCUUUGCCAACAAGCCAAAGAGCGAAGCACGUGUCGAGGAGCUCAUGAAGGAUUUCCUUAAGAAGAUGGAUAAGGGGUGGCGGGUGUGGGGUAGAUGGAGGACCGACGAGACUGCACGGUAUAAGAUGAAGGUAGACGAGGAGCGGGCCAUUCGCGAGGAGUUCAUGUACAGCGUGAAGAUUCGACAUGAAGAACGCGUAGAGAGCGAGCGGAGGGAGCUUGAAAGGAGACAGGUGGCUGAGUUGCGGUGGGUCACGCUUGUUGUUGCGGAGAGGGCGAGGCUGUUGGCCCAGAUGGAGACUGUGGAGAUAGAGGACGGAAUCGAUAGCUUCAGUGUAAAUGGAAGCGAGGAAGAGGUGGUGGAUGAAGUUGUCGCUGGACCUAGUUGA